UUAAAAAACUGAGGCGGGGUCACGCAAAGGGAUCGCGUACCCUACAUAUUUUGUAGGCAAGCAGUCUGAGUCUCUUCCUCUUCCACCUAGUUUUUAAGGGGCGGGGAGUACUUGGGUGUUGCCCAUUUGCGUCGACCUCGACAGAGUCCAGUGGCUAAAACAUCGGAAUAUUUUCAUUUUAGAACCGCCUGGCCUUGUGUCUCUUGCCCGUUGCCUCACCACCGAAAAGGAUCUGAAUACUUCAACUAUGGGAGUCGAAGGCUGCACUAAAUGUAUCAAAUACAUGCUUUUCUUCUUCAACUUCAUCUUCUGGCUCGCUGGAGGUGUGGUCCUGGGCGUGGCUCUGUGGCUUCGACAUGAUGGCCACACCAGCAGCCUGCUAGAGUUGAAGUUUGACGGCCAACAAGCACCAACCACCUUCUUAAACAGUGUUCACAUCCUGAUCGCUGUUGGCGCAGUGAUGAUGGUUGUCGGGUUCCUCGGCUGCUAUGGUGCCAUUCAGGAGUCUCAAUGUCUUCUUGGAACAUUCUUUGCCUGCUUGGUGAUCCUGUUCGCUUGUGAGGUGGCAGCUGGAAUCUUUGGAUUCAUGCACAAAGAUUCGAUUUCCAAAGAGCUGAUUACCUUCUAUGACAAUGUUUAUGAGAACUCUGUAGUAAACACUAUAACAGACCAGGACAAGGACAAGAAACAGGCUGCCGCUGCUGUGCUGAAGGUCUUCCAUGAGACGUUGGAAUGCUGUGGUAGGGGCAUCAGCAACGUGUUCACUACGUUAUUCACCCAAGGUUUUACAGACAUGUGCCCCAAGUCAGUCUCCGCUUCCACUACAGACUGUCACAGAAAAAUCAGUGAGCUCUUUAACGAGAAGGUUUACCUGAUUGGCAUCGCUGCCCUGAUAGUUGCUAUUAUUAUGAUCUUUGAGAUGACCUUUAGUAUGGUCCUGUGCUGUGGGAUCCGCAACAGCCCGGUGUACUAAAGUCCAGGGGGAAGAAGCAAGGGCUAGUGACCUCUGGAGAUACUAGCCAAUGACUGAAGGAAAAUAUAAAUUUUCCUUUAUUUUGUUUUUAUAGCCUGUCACUUCCUCAAAUAGUUGCUUGCUAAUUUUGUCAGUUGUACAAGAUCAAAAAUGCAUCUUCUCACACAGUCUUUGAUAAUACAGUACCAACUUCUUGUCAGUCACAGAUAGCUGUUCAAUAUUUUGACUAAUGUUAGUCUGUACAAAAUGUUGAGGUUUACAUUGGCAUGGCUUUUAAACACACACACACACACACACACACACACACACACACACACACACACACACACACACACACACACACACACACACACACACACACACACGAAUACAGAUCCUGGAAUUCUCGUUUUAAUUGUGAAGUAUUGCCAUAUGUUAUGCUGGAGUCCAAAACAUUGUAUUCUGUUGGUUAAUCAAACUCUUUUCAAAUGUAUAUGUAUAAACUGUAUAUAUUUGCAGUGCUUUAUGACUGUCAAGCAUGGGUAAUGUAUUGAAUCCCUUCUCCCCACAAUUUUCUGUACUCACUGCUUGUCUGCCUGAGUUUUCUCCAUAGAGAACAACCACUAACAGUGAAUGGAUACUAUUGAUUUGUCUGUCCCGUCUAAAACCAAGAUAAUAGAAGUGAUAGUUUGUCCUGUGCUUUUAUAACACCUACCAAUCCAAGCCAUAAAGAGACCCCAUGCCUCCAAGCCUUAUGAGUGGAAUAUCCCAUCCUCCCCAACAACACCUUGUUCCUGUUAAACUACAUUGAAUGUCCUGUCCUUAACCUAUUGCUGUGUACUAUGCAUACCUACAGAAACCUCACCUCUUGGGGUCCUAAGCUGGCGCAGCGGUAAAACGCACUGCACCGCACCACUACAGCAUGGGGUUUGAUCCCAGACUGUCACAACCGGCCGUAACCGGGAGCCCCAUAGGACGGUGCACAAUUGGCACAGUGCCGUCCGGGGUAGGGGAAGGUUUGGCUGGUGGGGCUUUCCUUGGCUCAUCUUGCUGUAGCGACUCCUUGUGACUGGUCUGGACGCCUGCAAGCUGACUCCAGUCAUCAGUCAAACUGUGUUUUCUCCGACACAUUGGUGCGGCUGACAUCCGGGUUAAGAGAACAGUGUGAUAAGAAGUAGGCAGCCAGAUAGAUCAUGUUUUGGAGGACGCAUGACUCAACCUUCACCUCUCCUGAGCCUGUUGCAGAGAUGAGCCAAAGUACGUGAUACGGGCUAAAAAAUACGCUUGUGGCCAUACCACCCUGAACACGCCUGUUCAGGGUCGGGCCUGGUUAGUACUGGGACGGGACACCGCCUGGGAAUACCAGGUGCCAUAAGCGCAAAAAAAACGUCACCUCUUCAGCCAUUCAGACGAAUCUAGUUUAUGUUCAAAUAAUCUUUUUUACCCCUGCUUGUUAUACUCUGACAGUCAAACAUUUUAUUAUGCUGGGACUUGCCGGACAAUGUUGUAUUUGUGCUGUAUGAUGAUACUGUAUAAUACCACUGACCAUGCAGUUGUGAGAGGUUGUGUUUAUGUCAGGAAGUCAAAUACUGGCCAUGUUAACAAGUCAAGUCCACGACCAACCCACCACUAGGGGGCAGACCUGUUGUGAUGCUUCAUGGUAUUCCAUGGCUAUGGUUCCAAAGCCAGGGGGAGCGCUUGUCAUACGUUCUUGCUCCACUGUGACUAGGGUUGCCUGCUCAACUGCAAAGCACUUCUCGACCGGUUCCAUUUCAAUCUUCAGCUUCCCUUCAGAGUUUACAGAUCUGGUUCAUUAGAGAGCUAGGUGGAGCUAUCACCCUAUUAUCUACACCCAUCCAGUCCUUUCAGAUCUGUUAACAUGGAAGGGGUAUGGGCUAGGGACUGAAGUGGAACCAGGCCCUUAAUAUUCACCUAUAUACACACAUAAGCACUUAAACACUCACACAUACUCACUCCAUCAUAAUUUCUGUAGUCCUAUGGCUUUCUAAGCCAACCAAAACCUAGUCUUGUUAACACAUAUUGCCUAUGCUGAUAUAUGGUUAAGUGUCUUGUAACAUGUACAGCUAUAUAUUAUUGUACUAAUGACCAUGUAAAGACAAUGUAGCUAUGCCUUUCAUUGUGAUAUUUUGUCUGGUACGUUGUCAAAAGAAAAAUGGGUGUCGGCUUCAGUGGCAGUGUGCAGGACUGAGAAAUCAGUUGAGUUACUAAAGGUUGGGAAGAUUAGCAACAUGGCUGUAUAUGCUGUACAACACAAAGGUGAAGAACAAGGCCAGCAAAAGAGUGUCUCUCUUUAGUAUCUAUGUCACUGCCCUACUGUAAAAACACUAUACACAAUGUAGUGACUGAGACUCAAUAGCCCACUGCUGCUCAAAUCUGUGCCCUUUCUCUCCUGUUUUAGAUUUUAAUUUGGUUAUGUUGCCCAAGUAUUAAGGGAUUAAAUGUAUUUUACAAAUAAUAAAGGAAUAGCCUGUCUUUUUCACAUCUUA